ACUGCAUACAAUGCAAUAGAUAGUAAUGAGAUUUAUUGUUUAUGAAGACAAGUGAAAAGAAAAUAAGAACAGUGAAUAAAAGCAGAAAAAAGCGACACUUCGACACUGUCCUUAAGUUGAUAGACUGGUUUUUAUGUUAGUAACAGGAGAGCCUCUUUUUUUGUGUCUGUAUCAGAUGACAAAGAUCUGAUAUCGGCUAUGAGCUCUGCUGACAUCUCACUAAUUUCCCGUGUUUUUUGUCACCGUGUCUCUUUUCAGGUGUUCAUAUUUUGCAAAGGAUGAAUGGAUGUGAAUGGGAUGAUGAGACUGAAGAGAUUAAUGGGUUCAAUCAGUAUGGAUAUGAUGGAGAAGGCUUUCUAUCAUUGGACCUACAGACACUGACAUGGAUCGCUCAAAAACCACAGGCUAUCAUCACCAAACUGAGAUGGGAUGCUGAAAAACCUAGAUUAAAUUACAAUGAAUGCCCUGGGCUUUUAAAGAAGUAUGUGCACUACAGGAGAAACCUUUUGCAGACAGCAGUUCUUCCUUCAGUGUCUCUCCUUCAGAAGACUCCCUCCUCUCCAGUCAGCUGGCACGCUACAGGUUUCUAUCCUGACAGAGCCGAGAUGUUCUGGAGGAAAGAUGGAGAGGAGCUUCAUGAAGGUGUGGAUCUGGGAGAGAUCCUUUCCAACAAUGAUGGGACCUUUCAGACGAGUGUUGAUCUCAAUGUUUCAUCAGUCACACCUGAAGACUGGGAGAGGUACCACUGUGUGUUUCAGUUCUAUAGUGUGAACAAUGACAUCAUCACCAAACUGGACCGAGCAGUGAUUAGGACCAAUAUGAGUAAGACUGGAGCAUUUUUACACAGUAGUUAUUAAUACUACAGUAUUAACGUAAAGCAUCAUACUGAGUUGGCACUCAGUAGUUCCACAUAAUCGCUAGAAUUAUUUAUUUAGAAGAGGACAACAAGAUUCUCACCAAGCACUGUAAUCAUUCAUCAAUACCAGUUAUUAUAAUACGUAUAAUAAUAUUAACAUCAAAACCCUUGAAAUUAAUGGAAUAAACUUUUUGUCUUGUGUACAAAAGACAGCAAACACAAAUUACUCUCCUUUGUGCAUUUGUCUCUGACUCUGUGACUUCAUGUUCCAGGUCUGUAGACCUGACUGCCCAAUUAUCUCUUCCUGUGUUAUGUGUUAUGUUGCUUGCUGUGUCUCCAUGAUCAUCUUUUCACUCAAAACUUUCUCCCAGCUUGCUGUGGCAGAUAAGCAUGUCAUGGCCCUGAUUCUGUUUCUUCCUGUCAACUUUUCUUUUUUCUGCUCAGUUUUGCAAAGUGCUUUCCCACAGAGUAUUAAUUGAUUGAUGAUUUCUUUCUAUAAUGGUGUAAGUUGCUUGAGACAAUAUUGGAUAUGUUGACCUUUUACCAAUUUUACCACAUUUACUAAUCAAAUCUCUACUACUAACAACUCAGUAAGAUGGUUCACUGAAGUGGGGACACAUGAUAGAUAACUGAAGUGAGCAAAAAGUAAUAAGGUACCAACUGUGGAACUGAUAAAUCUUAUUAUUUCAAUCAGAGAUAUAAGAUGCAUCAACUACCAGGUCCUUACUGAUUUGUUCUUCACUUAUUCUUAAGUAACAGCACAAAUCUAUUAUUAAAGUCCUUCCAUAUUCUAUUCAACAGAGAAUCCCACUGACAUUGGAGCUGCAAUCGUUGUUCUAGUUAUCGUUUCCAUUGCAGUUGUGGUAAUCGUGGCAGUCGUUACCAAAGAAGAAAGGAAGGAGCGUAGAAAGACAAGAGCACAGGGUGCCAGGACACACAGGAGGGGAAGAGCACGG